GAAUGCUAGCACUUACCCACCUACCUGCAACCAUUCGAGCUCUGGCUUCAAUGAUUAAAACCUAGUUGAAAUUAUGAAUGUAUUUGUGCAUGUUUUCUCAAUCCCAUACGACAUCGUUUAGAAUCUUUCCAUGUUCAAGCAAAGCCUCCUCACCCUGCUGACUUGGGCUUAGUGGAAAGCUGAUGCCUUUUCAAGAAAACAACAGAAUUACAGAAACCGAAUUCUGUUUUCAAAAGAAUAAAUUAUGGGAAAGUAACCGAUUUAUCUCAGAUACAAAAGUAGCUCCCUAGAAAUCAACGCUUGUGCAGAGUCUCUCUCAAUCACGAGCUUUGGAUAAUGAAAGAUUUUACUUCGUGGUGUUUAGGUUUCAAAAUUAGACUAAACAUUGGGAUGUCGCAAUUGCAGUACUUCUCUUUAUUUUGAACAUUUCAAUUCUGAUGUCGCAUCUGUAAUACUGAUUUAUAAAGCUCAAUUUUGAUUGAGAGAAUGGGUUCCAUCAAUAAUGGGAAUCAAAAAGGGGAAAUUAAGGAAUCCAAUGGUGCUAAACUCCAGAACCAAAUCCCUUGCAACAUUUCAACAUCAAGAAGGACUCUAUUGAGCACUGAAAACCCUCAAAGGAAGCUUCCAGAAACCUUAAUAUCUGUUACCAAUAGAAUAAAAUUUCUUAAAUUUGGCUCUGCAUCAGCCAAAUUUAGGCGGUUGGCUCAGGAUAGAGAUGACAAAUCACGUUCAGUUGCUUCUUCAAGUAGCCAUGGUUUUCGUGAACGCAUCAAUGAGGUUUUUGCUCGGAAGAUUGAUUGGGGUCUGCUGAUGAAAAUGGGCAAAGAAUGGUUCCGGGACCCAAUGAACAUGGCCCUUUUUGUGUGGAUCAUGUGUGUUGCUAUUUCAGGCGCAAUUUUGUUCCUAGUCAUGACUGGAAUGUUAAAUGGUGUAUUGCAUAAGAAGUCACAAAGGAAUGCAUGGUUUGAAGUAAAUAAUCAAAUACUUAAUGCAUUGUUUACUCUUAUGUGUCUCUACCAACACCCAAAGCGGUUCUACCACCUUGUACUUCUUUGUAGAUGGAAACCAGAAGACAUUGCUAGACUCAGGAACAUUUACUGCAAGAAUGGGACCUAUAAGCCCCAUGAAUGGGCUCACAUGAUGGUUGUUGUUCUUCUACUUAAUGUUAAUUGUUUUGCUCAAUAUGCAUUGUGUGGUCUAAAUUGGGGAUAUAAGAGAUCCGAGCGACCUGCCAUAGGAGUUGGAAUAUGUAUAUCUUUUGCAAUAGGUGCGCCUGCAAUUGCUGGGGUGUACACCAUUGUUAGUCCCCUUGGGAAGGAUUAUGGUGAAAUUGAUGAAGAAGCACAAGUUCCAAUUACUACUGAUGAGAGUAAGAAGCCAGUGCAGUUAAGAAUAAAAUCAUUUGAAAAGAGAUAUUCCUUUGCAAGUAGAGAUGAAGAAGGAAUUCUUGAGACUAGACCACAGUGGAGUGGAGGGAUCCUUGAUUUUUGGGAUGACAUUUCUCUGGCAUACCUAUCACUCUUCUGUACUUUUUGUGUCUUCGGAUGGAAUAUGGAGAGGCUUGGAUUUGGGAACAUGUAUGUUCAUAUUGCAACCUUUCUCCUUUUUUGUAUGGCUCCUUUCUGGAUUUUCAACUUGGCUGCCGUUAAUAUUGAUAAUGAGACUGUCAGGGAAGCUUUAGGAGUUACUGGAAUCAUUCUUUGUGCAUUUGGUUUGCUAUACGGUGGCUUUUGGAGGAUUAAAAUGAGAAAGAGAUUUAAUUUGCCAUCUUAUACCUUCUGUUUUGGUCACCCAGCAGUUUCUGAUUGCACACUCUGGCUAUGUUGUUGUUGGUGCUCUCUAGCUCAGGAAGUUCGAACUGGGAAUUCUUACGAUAUCAUGGAAGAUAAAUUUUAUAAAAAACACGUGGACGGUAGUAUCCAUCUGCAGCCUUCACCUUUGCCUCGUGAAAAUUUUUCGGGACCAAGUUCUCCACUUGGCAACAGUUAUAGUCCAUCCCAGAAUUUGAUGGUUAAUUCUGCAAGUCCGAGCAGAGUUUCAAAUGAGUAUUGUAAUCCAGAUAAGCAGCUUCCUACAGUAGUAGAAGAGUCUUCUACAGGAGGCAAGGAGGAGACUAUGAUUCCACCGUCUCCUUUGUUGAUAGAAAGAGGAGCCACUUAGAUGCAAUACAAUGUAGAUAGCAUCCUUAUUUAUUGGUAAUGAAUUAAUGUUGAGUGGUGAUGUAAAUUUUAUGUGUAUCGAGAGCGGCUGUACUGUAAUAAAUAAUACUAGUUUGCCUCUUUGAAGAUUUUUCAUUUUGAACAACAUUACUUUUCAUUUGGAAAUUAAUGCCUUAAUCAGAGUUUAUGUUCAAAUUUGGGAAA